AUGAAAGUUUUGAUCAGUAUGUUCAGUUUGAUUUUCCAUUUGAAUGUGAAAGUUACUUUAAAUAUUGUAGGUAGUUGUAAUGGGCUUUUGUGUCUUUCAGAUGACUUGUGGGGUUAUAGGAAUCUUUUCUAUAUUUGGAAUCCAUCCAUUAGAAAGUCAGUAAAACUACCUGAACCAAUAUUUACAUAUGAUACUCAUGGUCCAUUUGAUCAUACACUAGGAUUUGGGUUUGAUCCUGUUAGUAAUGACUACAAGGUGGUAAGGAUAGUACACACUGGUUCUAAUACUGAUAAGGUACCACCUCAUGUUGAGCUUUAUAAGUUAAGCACCGGUGUUUGGCAAGACAUUACUCGUGUUGCUCCGUCUUUUCACUUUUAUGAGAAGAUACCAGGAGUCUAUGUGAAUGGGGCUUGUCAUUGGGUUGCCACUAAACGGAAAAAAGGAGAGUCUAGUAAUAUGAUGAUUGUUCUGUUUGAUAUGCAGGACGAUACGUUCUGGGAGAUGAUGGUACCGGGUAGUUUAGUUGAGAAGUUUUUGUUUUUUGAGGAUUGGUUCUCCCUUUUUGUGUCUGAGGAGUCACUUUGUUUGGCUGAUCGUUUGUGUAACGAUGACAAAACAAUUGAUAUUUGGAGGAUGAAAGAGUAUGGUGACCCACAAUCAUGGGUGAAACAGGUCAGCAUCAGUUUAAGCCACGUUACAUUCGACGUUGGUGUUGUUGAUGAAUUAUUCUCGAUGCUUCAUGGUGGUCGUCAACGUCUGGUUGCUCAUUUCUUGGAGAAGCCAAUAGCUUCAAGGAAAAAUGGUGAAAUUUUUUGGAGAGCGGACAAUGGGCUCUUGGUUUCAUAUGAUCAUGCGGCUGAAAAAAUGAAGAAAGUUGGCAUUCAUAAUGCUAACCAUUUACCUUAUCACUAUGCACUUUAUGUUAAUACUUACAAAGUGAGCCUUAUGUUACUUGGUAGCGGACAAAUUGUUUUGCUGGAGACACCUAUGAAGAGUCGUCCAAUUUUCGCAAGAGGGAGCCUAAAGGUGGGAGGAAAGUUCUUAAAGGCAAAACUAAAAGAGGACUGCAGAUUCUAUCUCCCUUGCGCAUCAGUGUAUUGA